AUGCGCCCACUAUCACCACGUGAAAGAACUUCUCCUCAAGCAGAGCAGGACAAACAAGAACUUACCUGCUCAAUACAACAACAUCCAGGUAUUCCCGGACCUGUCCACGGCAAUGCUGAGGAGGAGGAAGGCUUUCCAACCAGUCACCAGCAUCCUCAGGCAGCAUCAAGUCCCCUAUCGCUGGGGAUGCCCUCUCAAACUCCUCAUCUCAAAGAACAGAAAGACGGAGACUACACUCUCACCAGAAGACUGAGACAGACUUCUCAGGAAAUGGAACUUACCCGGCCCGGACAAGCUGCCUCAAGGGACCGCCGUGAUACCAAGAGACUUGCAGAAGGCCUUGUAAUCACAAACUAA